GCCCGGAGAGGACAGACGCAGCCACCAACAUGUUCGGCCGCGCAUUGCUUUCCUUGCUCCUCGCCCUACUCGCGGCCUCUUCGACGUCGACAGACUACCACAGUACGGGAAGAAGCACAGAGGGAUUCUGUAAGCUGGGAACUACAUUCCUGAGUGGUUGCAACACUUGUAUAUGUGGCGCUAAUAACAAGCCUAGCUUCUGUUUCCCAAAGGCUUGCAACUACGAAAUCCCCGUUGGAAUCAAGGCAUGUGUGCCCGGUACAACGCUCAUGGUUGAAUGCAACAGGUGCACGUGCGGUAUUAAUGGCAAGCCACAGCAGUGUACGAAAAAGAAAUGUCAUUCUAGCUCAGAACCAGUAAGAAGCUCUCGCUUCAGGAGUAUGAAAGCUCAGGUUCCUGAAGACAAGUGUGUCCCUGGAACUAUGCUUAAGAAGUCCUGUAACACGUGUAAGUGCAGCAAAAGUGGCAGACCAAUCCACUGCACCAAUUUCCAGUGUCAUCCGCUACUGGGCGUAGGAGUGCAGGGUUGUAUGCCUGGAGAUUUAGUCAAGGUGUACUGCAGCACAUGCAAGUGUAGCAGUACAGGCAUCCUAACCGAUUGUACCAACAAGGACUGCGACAUCCGCGCAGCGCCUACUGAAGGAGGGAAGGCUACAUGUGUGCCUGGCACAACAUACAUGGAUGACUGCAACAAAUGUGUAUGCGAAGCUGGUGGUACAAGUGGCGCCUGCACCAAAAGUUUGUGUAUACACAGAAGAUCAAGUCGAGAUAUUGGGAUAUCAUCUGAUCCAGAUGAGAGAAGAGUGAAGAUAGAAGCGACUGAAUCAGCUGGUGCUCUUAGGACAGGGUCCGUCUGUACCCCGGGAACAACGUUUAUUCUUGGUUGUAACGUCUGUAGGUGUGGUGACGAUGGUAUCAACUAUCUGUGUUCAAUGAUACCAAGUUGUUAGUGGUGCCUAAUCGGAAAACUGCGCAGCCGGCGAAUUCUUUAUGAAGAGGUGUGAGUACUGCAUCUGUAUUGGAGGCGGGCAGGCGGCUUGCACCAAAAUCUACUGCGGAGACCCCGGCGGCGCGCAGCCGCUGACGUGACCGCGCUCCCUCCGUGAGAGGCCGGGCAGGUGACUCCCGGGGAAUGAUCCAGGUCACGCCCGCUCAUCAUCAAAGCCUUACAUGAUAUGGAUUACGCUGGAUAAAAUAUCCCUAAUUCAUCCAUAGUGGAAUGUCACUGACUCACUCAUAGUAACGAAAUAAAAGCAAUACCCCA